CCGUAAGGAGCACUUCGCUGAAUUUGACUGGACUAGAACCGCUGACUGCUUUGAUAGCCUACAUCCCAAAUACGAACGACUGGGAGAUAUACAACGGCGCAAACUCCACGUUCUUGAACACACCCUAAAGUGGACAUUUUCUCGCGAGAUUUUCGUCGUUGUUAUACUUUCAAUGUUUUUGUAUGGCUGAUGCUGAUAUGGCUGCAGUGGUUAGCUAGUUAGCGGUUAGCAUGGUGUCAAAAAGUAGAAAUGGACUGAGAUAUGCCGAAUAAAAAUCAACACAAAAAGCAGGUUCCAACGUUGCUUUCCCGCGCCUUGCCAAAGCCAGGAUGUUUCCCGGCCUAGCCCAUAGACCAUGGCAGGUCUUCUGCAGGGUUUACCUGCACCAACGAGCCCCCCUGUCACAAUGGCCCCCUAGAGUGGCCCGUCCUUGCUAUGGUUGGCAGAAUGGCGCCAGGGUGCAAAACGUGUGGCUCAGCUUCCCCGACUGUCGAGUGCCGUCGUUUGCCUGGGCGCAGGUUCAGUACUACUCGACCUCAGGUGGUAGUAAAGAUGGGCCUCCUGCAUCAUCAACUGACCCCCCUGUCACCGCAGAAAAGGUGUUGGCAGCAGCAGCAGCAGGAGCAGCUCAGCCUUCCCCUGAAGGUACAUCUGUAAAAGAUGGUGCUGACCCUAAGCCCCAAGGACUGACCAAAACAGAGGCUAUCCAAGUAAAAGUGCGAGCCGUCCUAAAGAAGAGAGAAUAUGGGAUAAAGUACACCCAGAACAACUUCAUCACUGCUGUCAGAGCCAUGAAUGAGUUCUGUCUGAAGCCCAGUGACCUGGAACAGCUACGGAAGAUCCGUCGCCGGAGUCCACACGAUGACACAGAGGCUUUUACCGUCUUUUUGCGGUCUGACGUCGAAGCCAAAGCUCUGGAUGUGUGGGGCAGUCACGAAGCUCUUGCUAGAGAGAGAACUCUUCGAAAGGUGGUCGAACAAGAGUAUGAAGAGAAUAUCUUCAGAAAUCAACAGCUAUUAAAAGAAUAUAAGGACUUCUGGGGAAACACUAAGCCUCGAUCAGGCAAGAGGGCCACAUUUUCACAAGGGCCGGGGAAGGUGGUAAUGGUAGCUAUAUGCAUAAAUGGACUGAACUUUUUCUUCAAGCUACUGGCUUGGGUGUAUACUGGAUCAGCCAGUAUGUUCUCUGAAGCCAUACACUCAUUGGCUGACACAGCAAAUCAGGCUCUCUUAGCGAUCGGCAUCAGUCAAUCUGUGAGGAAUCCCGAUGCUGUACACCCGUACGGGUUCUCCAACAUGCGCUACAUCGCCUCCCUCAUCAGUGGCGUGGGCAUCUUCAUGAUGGGCGCUGGCCUGUCCUGGUACCACGGCAUCAUGGGCCUGCUGCAUCCACAGCCAAUGGAGUCCCUCCUUUGGGCGUACUGCAUUUUGGCAGGAUCACUCGUUUCUGAAGGAGCUACGCUUCUGGUUGCCAUCAACGAGAUCAAAAAGAGCGCUCAGCAGCAGGAAGUCUCCUUCUACGAGUACGUGAUGCAGAGUCGUGACCCCAGCACGAAUGUGGUCCUAUUAGAGGAUGCAGCUGCUGUUAUUGGAGUGACCAUGGCUGCUGCAUGCAUGGGUCUGACUUCCCUCACAGGUAAUCCGGUCUAUGACAGCCUGGGUUCUUUGGGGGUUGGCACCUUGCUGGGCACCGUGUCGGCCUUCCUCAUCUACACCAACACUGAGGCCCUACUGGGGCGCUCCAUCCAAGCUAAGGACGUGGCAAAGCUCACAGAGUUCUUAGAAAAUGACCCUGCCGUUAGGGCGAUUCACGACGUGAAGGCCACAGACCUGGGCCUAAGCAAAGUGCGCUUCAAAGCCGAGGUGGACUUUGAUGGGCGGGUGGUGACGCGCUCCUACCUGGAGAAGCAGGACAUCGACCAGAUCCUCAAUGAAAUUCAGCUGGUGAAGACACCUGAGGAGUUGGAGAACUUCAUGCUGAAGCAUGGGGAGAAUAUCAUCGACACGCUCGGAGCUGAAGUGGACCGCCUGGAGAAGGAACUUAAGAAACGGAACCCAGAGGUGCGGCACGUGGAUUUGGAGAUCCUAUAACGCUCUCUUUGGCAGGAGGAGAACGAUGUAUAGUCAACAGGAAACCAGAGAGAAGGAAAGGCCUGAGCGAAGGAGUCCGAGGAAGAGGAGUCAGCGUGUGCUCCCUCUCUCCCAACCACCUCACCUAAGAUGAAGUCUUACUGUGCUCGAUCACACAACAUAUUCCCUUACAAGUUCUUACAACAAGCUUCAGGAGAAGGUUCAUUUUAAUUUUAUUUUUUAUUUAUUUUUUUCCCCCUCAUUUUAUUUUCUGCCAUAGUCAAGCUAAAUCAAGGGGUCAUGUGACCAUCAGCCCAAAAUUUUGAGUGUGCAUCCUCAGACCACCUCUUGAGUCUAUGGUCUUGUGUGUUGGUGCGUGCGUGUGUUGGUGCGUGUGUGUGGGUGUGGGUGUGGGUGGGUGUGUGU